UCACCACUUUGGCAACCCGUGACUCUCGAAAAUCUCGUGAGUCUCGUUCGUUCAUUGCGGCUGAUGUCGUCUUUUGGUUUUGACAUUCUGACAGCCAUCUUUCUUUUGCAGUCUUUUCUAAAGCUGUUUGCUGAUAAACGAAAUCAACAUGCAAUUACACAUCCGCGGAAACCAAUCUCACGUUUUGGACGUUGAGCAACAUGAAACCGUCGCUGAAAUCAAGAACAAAAUUGCCGCUUUGGAACAUGUCGAUGCCGCCGAAUUCACAUUGUCAUGCGAAGGUACCAUUUUGGACUUGUUCACCCCAGCCAGCGCAUUGAGCAGUUUCGAAUUGGACUUGAACGUUCCAUUGUUGGGUGGUAAAGUGCACGGUUCAUUGGCUCGUGCUGGUAAAGUCAAGGGGCAAACACCAAAAGUUGAAAAACAAGAAAAGAAAAAGAAGAAGACCGGCCGUGCUAAGAGACGUAUCCAAUACAACCGACGAUUCGUCAAUGUCGUGCAAGGAUUCGGACGUCGUCGUGGUCCAAACUCAAACAGCGCAUAAAUUUAAUUCUAUCAAGAAAAAAAAAUAAUGGGAUUUUUUGUAAGAACAUUUAUGUGCAUUCAAUAAACAACCAACCGUUAUUGGAAUCGAAACGAAA